AUGACAAUCGACAUAUCCCAAUUCGCCUCAACCCAACUGUCCCUCCUCGCCAGCGAACUUGCCGCCGAGAUCGCCGAGUCCUCGGCCCUCGUCUCCCUGCACUCUCCGCAAGCCCUGCAACGCGCCGGCGUCGCGCUGGCCAACCUCAUCGUGUCUGCGCAGCGCACCGGCCUGGGCGGAAAGACUGUUGUUGAGCUUGCGCCGGAUCCUGCUACUACUAGCACAAGCACUAGCACUAAUAGUAGUGGUGGUGGUGGUGAUUUACCUGAGCAUGGGAUUCGGGUGGGCGAUAUUGUGCUGCUGGCGGAGCAGGGGUCUGGGAGGGAGCGGAAGAGGGAGGUGAGGGAGAUGGAGGGGAGCGGGGUCAAGGGGGUUGUUACGAGGGUUGGGAGGGCGGUGGUUGCUGUUGCGGUUGAUGAGGGUGGUGGGCAGGGGAAGAAUGAGGAUGGUGAGGGGUUUGUGGCGAUGCUGGGGGAGAAGAGGGUUUGGAUUGUCAAGGUGGCUGAUGAUGUUACUUUUAGGAGGAUGAAUGCUACAAUGGAGAAGCUGGCCAAGAUGGAGGAGCGGGAGUACAGUCCGUUUAUCAGGGUUCUGUUUGGGCUGUCGUCUCCGUCCCCUGUGCCGGCGGACUUGGAAAGGGAUGAGGAGGCAGGCGAGAUCGAGUGGGUUGAUCCGACGCUGAAUGACAGCCAGAAGGACGCCAUCCGGUUCGCGCUGGCGUCGAGGGAGAUUGCGCUCAUCCAUGGGCCGCCGGGGACCGGCAAGACACACACCCUCAUCGAACUCAUCCUGCAGCUCCUCAAGCGCAACCUCCGCAUCCUCGUCUGUGGACCCUCCAACAUCUCGGUCGACAACAUCGUCGAGCGCCUGGCCCCGCACAAGGUGCCCCUAAUCCGGCUGGGCCACCCGGCCCGCCUGCUGCCCUCGGUGCUCAGCCAUUCGCUUGACGUGCUGACGCGCACCUCGGAAGCGGGCGCCAUCGUCAAGGACGUCCGCGCCGAGAUGGACGCCAAGCAGGCGUCGAUUCGCAAGACGCGCAGCGGCCGCGAGCGCAAGGCCAUCUACGCCGAGCUCAAGGAGCUGCGCAAGGAGUACCGCGAGCGGGAGCGGCGGUGCGUGAGCAACCUGGUAGCGGGCAGCAGGGUGGUUCUAACGACGCUGCACGGAGCGGGCGGGUUUCAGCUGCGCGACGAGCAGUUCGACGUGGUCAUUAUUGACGAGGCCAGCCAGGCGCUCGAGGCGCAGUGCUGGGUGCCGCUCCUGGCGGCGAAGAAGGCGAUCUGCGCGGGAGACCACCUGCAGCUGCCGCCGACGAUCAAGUCGCUUAAUUCUAAGAACAAGACCACGAGCAGAAAGAGCAAGGACGGCGCAGAGGUAAAAGGGGCUACGCUGGAAACAACGCUUUUCGAUCGCUUACUGAAACUCCACGGGCCGUCCAUCAAGAGGAUGCUCACGACGCAGUACCGCAUGCACGAGAAGAUCAUGCGGUUUCCGUCGGACGAGCUCUACGAGGGCAAACUGAUGGCCGCCGAGUCGGUCAAGGCGAGACUGCUUAUCGACCUGCCUUACGACGUCCAAAAGACCGACGACACGACGGAGCCGCUCAUCUUCAUUGACACGCAGGGCGGCGAUUUCCCGGAGAAGAACGAGGACGAGCAGGAUAGAGGCGCGAGCAAGAAGCUGACCAAGAGCAGCCUCUACGGGGACAGCAAAAGCAACGAGAUGGAGGCGGCGCUGGUGAGGCAGCACGUGCGCAGUCUGGUGGACGCCGGGAUACGGCCCGAGGAUAUCGCGGUGGUGACGCCUUAUAAUGCUCAGCUUGCGAUUCUGGCACCGCUAAAGGAGAUGUUCCCGGGCAUUGAGCUUGGCAGCGUCGACGGCUUCCAAGGCCGGGAGAAGGAGGCCGUCAUUGUCAGCCUCGUGCGGAGUAACCCGGACGGCGAGGUCGGCUUUCUGGGGGAGAAGCGCCGGCUGAAUGUGGCCAUGACACGACCCAAGCGGUCGUUGACAGUUAUUGGGGAUUCGGAGACGGUCAAGAGGGGCAGCAAGUUCUUGAAGGACUGGAUGGAGUUUCUGGAAGAGAACGCCGAACUCCGGUACCCGGACUUGGCGGCCCUGGCACAGGAGGCAUGA